AUGGAGUCCAACGAUACCCCGGCCAUGGAGGACGUGUCGCAGGCCGUGUCUAGCAAGUACGCCAGGUACCAUACUCUGGACCUGCCGCGCAUAUCUAGUGUAGAGUUCCCGCUGGCGAUCUCAACGAAGAAGCACAGCAUUGUCAGGGCAAUUGAGAUGUGCGGAGGGAUAGAGGACGUGAAACAAGCGCUGGAUAACUCUACAGAGCCAUCAGUGACGGACAAAGGCCUAGAGCUUUUCUUGAAUAAUGGGUUAUCUCCGGUGGAUCCCUGGGACGACGCCACCUCUAGUGCACGCAAACCUUUUUUCAAUGAACACCCGAUAAUUGGCAAGCGUGUGCCCUUCAGAGAUGACUCUAUAGUGCUGAAGAUUACCAUGCCUGAAGGUACUUUGGAGAAGAAUGGAAACGAUGUUGCAAAGGCAUUGAGAUCACUGGAUAGUAAAGAUGUGUGUGCCACGCCUGUGGCAGUGGUAAAUAAUACCAUUAAAUUCAGAGAAAUGUCUGAUUUCCAAGUCAUACUGGAUAACGUACCGGCCGCGAGAGAGUUUCAAAAGAGUUUUGGUUCCUUGGAUUGGCAAAAUAUCAAGAAGUUCAUAGAUUCCGUACCAGAUAAUGAUAGCAGACCACAGGAUAACAUUAAUAACAUCAUAUUGGACAGAUCGGUUAAGUCACCUAACUGCGAUUUUCAAUUACCACCACCACCUAGGUUCUCUAUGGUAGGUUACCCUUUACAAUACAAAUACAAAGGUAAUCCCUUUGCAGUCAAGAAAGAAAACGGUGACCAUGAGGUGAAGGGCUCCUAUUUGAAAAACUACCAGUUGUUUGUACAUGAUAUGAGCCCCGAACUGAAAGUACCAGUGGAACCUCAGGAUAAAUUACUAGAGAUCUACAACCAGGCUAAACAGUCAGGUGUAUAUCCAGGUACUAAGAAAGAAUCGAAAUUCUUUGAAGCUCUAGAAGAAUGCCUUGCCAUUCUAAGGUCGCUAUUUGAAAAAAGACCAAUUUGGGUUAAAAGACAUCUAGAUGGUCUGAUUCCAAAAAAUGUUUAUCAUACAUUAAAGAUUGCGCUAGCUCUGCUAUCUUACAGAUUUACAAUGGGUCCCUGGAGGAAUACAUAUAUCAAAUUUGGAGUUGAUCCCAGAUCAUCUAGCGAGUAUGCGAAGUAUCAAACGGAAUACUUCAAGAUAGAAAGGAAAUUACUAGAAUCAGCAACUGUCAGAAAGAAUAUACCCAAGCCUCCUCCAUUGGUAUUUGAAUCUGAUACAAAAGAUGGUAUUGAUAGCAGGUUCAGAUUUGAUGGUACUAGGAUACCGUGGUACCUGAUGCUUCAGAUCGACUUACUUCUAGAUGAACCAAAUAUAGCCGAAGUUUACGAAAAGGUAGAAUACUUAGACAAACCUAAUGAAGUCACUGGCUGGUUUACGGCACUAGAUCUCGCAAAAAUCAGGAGGAUUGUUAAGUAUGAAUUGGGCUGUAUGGUUCAAGGAAGAUAUGAAUUCAAUAAAUAUAAACUGAAGUAUUUCAAGAGCAUGCUGUUCUUCAAAGAAUCUAUGAUGAACAAUAACGGUGAGAACACUGAUGUGGAUGGAGAUACCAAUAUGGAUAGAGACAAAAACCCUGAUGAUAUCACGCAGGAUGACGAUGAAGAAAACAAUGGUGUUGAAGCUGGUGAAGAUGAAGAAACAUUACAAGAGAAGGAAGAUGCUGAAUCAGAUAAUAUGAAAGUUAGCGUAAUGAAAGAUAUUUCUGAUGAUGAACAAGAUGAGCCUGAAGAUGAUUUCGAUGUAAAUAAUGCUACUUUCCAGGACAUUAUUGGAAAGAUACGGCGUCUUGAUCCAGAACUUGCCGACAAAUACUCAAGAGAUCUUAGUGGCCUUGUCAAUAUUGCAAAAUUAUAUGACUAG